AUGGAGCCUUGGGACGGUCCUGCCUUGGUUUGCUUCACGGAUGGCAUUCAGUUCGGUGCCACGCUGGAUCGAAACGGCCUCCGUCCAGGACGUUUCUACAUCACCAAGGACAAGAGGCUCAUUCUCGCCUCGGAGGUCGGUGUCGUGGAUGUCCCACAGGAAGAGGUGCAGUUCAAGGGCCGACUGCGGCCGGGGCGCAUGCUCCUGGUGGAUUUCAGCGAAGGAAAGCUGAUCGAGGACAACGAGCUGAAGAUGCGCUAUGCGAAGAAGCAGCCAUAUGCCGACUUCCUGAAGACUCACAGCAUCGAGAUCAAGGAUAGAUUGGGCCCGGAGCCCAAGACGGACACGGCGCUGAUCGAGGAACUGCUCGACGAGGAGCCUGGCAGCUUCGACACCUCGGACACCACCCUGGUCAACAAGCGCGUGCUGCCGCUGCUCACCUACACCGGCUACACCUACGAGAAGGUGGAGAUGCUCCUGGCGCCGAUGGUCAAGACGGGCGCCGAGCCUCUGGGCUCCAUGGGCCAGGAUGUGGCUUUGGCCUGCAUGUCCAGAAUGCCUCGCCAGCCUUUCGACUACUUCUUCCAGCUCUUCGCGCAGGCGACGAAUCCACCCAUUGACCCGAUCCGCGAGGCGCGAGUUUAG